AAAUUCAAAUUCACUUUCACCCUAACAUCCCCCCGCCCCCCAAAAAAACAAAAAUUCAAAUCGACUUCUCCAAUCUGGUCAUCUCCCCUCUGCUCCCACACCAACACCUCCAUCUCCACUCCCUGAUCCGAACCACUCACUUUGCUCCGACCCGAAAUGCCGUUCUUAUCGGACACCGCCAGCGCCAUCAAGACCCGCUUCGGGUUCCACGACCACUCUUCAGACCCGGUCCGGAGCACUCCCAAUCUCCACAAAUCCGCGUCCAAAGAGAGUUUCUCGGCGCUACGGAGCAUCGGAGACUGGGACGACGAUGAUGACGACGGAAAAGCCAGUACCGCUACGACUUCCUCAAACCAAAGCUUCGAGUUUCAUGAAGACCCUUCCUUUUGGAAGGACCACAACGUGCAGGUUAUUAUUCGGGUUCGUCCGCUUAGCAGCGCUGAAAUAUCAGUGCAAGGUUAUGGCAAAUGCGUUCGACAAGAGAGCUGUCAGACAAUUACUUGGACUGGCCAUCCAGAGUCACGGUUUACUUUUGACAUUGUUGCAGAUGAGAAUGUUAGCCAGGAGCAAUUGUUCAAAGUGGCCGGAUUGCCGAUGGUGGACAACUGCAUGAUAGGCUAUAAUAGCUGCAUGUUUGCUUAUGGCCAAACUGGAAGUGGGAAGACCCACACAAUGCUUGGAGAUAUUGAGGGAGGCACUCGAAGGCACAGUGCCAAUUGCGGGAUGACACCUAGAGUGUUUGAAUACUUGUUCUCGAGAAUUCAAAAGGAAAAAGAGGCUGGCCGAGAUGAGAAAUUAAAGUUUAUAUGUAAAUGUUCUUUUUUGGAAAUAUACAAUGAACAAAUUUUGGACCUUUUGGACCCUUCAUCUAACAACUUGCAGAUCAGAGAAGACAUAAAGAAAGGAGUUUAUGUGGAAAAUCUCAAAGAGGUUGAAGUGACAAGUGCUCGAGAUGUUAUCCAACAACUUAUUCAAGGUGCAGCUAACAGAAAGGUAGCUGCUACUAAUAUGAAUCAUGCUAGCAGUCGGUCUCAUAGUGUAUUUACAUGCAUCAUUGAGAGUAAAAGGGAAUGCCAAGGAGUAGCUCACCAUCGUUUUGCUCGGCUUAAUCUUGUUGACUUAGCAGGAUCUGAAAGGCAAAAGAGCUCUGGAGCUGAAGGUGAGCGUCUAAAGGAAGCAACAAAUAUUAACAAGUCUCUUUCAACGUUGGGACUUGUGAUUAUGAAUCUGGUGAACAUGUCAAAUGGGAAGUCACUCCAUGUUCCAUACAGGGAUUCAAAGCUUACAUUUUUGCUUCAGGAUUCUUUAGGAGGGAAUUCAAAGACAACUAUAAUAGCAAAUAUUAGCCCUUCUAGCUGCUGUUCGUUGGAGACACUGAGCACUUUGAAGUUUGCACAGCGCGCUAAAUUCAUUAAGAACAAUGCAAUUGUGAAUGAGGACGCAUCUGGAGAUGUCAUUGCCAUGAGGGUGCAAAUUCAACAACUCAAGAAAGAAGUAUCCCACUUGCGAGGACUGGUCAAUGGAGGAACUGGAAAUCAGGACAAUGAUAUGUUAGCUGUGAGCUUUCCAGGAUCUCCAGGAUCUUUUAAGUGGGAAGGACCUAAUGGAUCAUUUAGUCCAUUCACUUCUAGAAAGAGGACAUCUCAGAAAAAAGACUAUGAAGUUGCCCUUGUUGGGGCUUUCAGGAGGGAAAAGGACAAAGAUAUUGCAUUGCAGACGUUGGCUGCGGAAAGCCAGGCAGCUUUGCAGCUGGCCAAACAAAGAGAGGAUGAAAUACAAGGACUGAAGAUGAGGCUACGGUUUCGAGAAGCUGGAAUAAAAAGGUUGGAAGCGGUUGCCUGUGGAAAGAUCUCAGCUGAGACACACUUGCUAAAAGAAAAGGAGGAGUAUUUGAAAGAAAUUGAGGUCCUACGAGCCCAAGUUGAUCGUAACCAAGAAGUGACCAGGUUCGCAAUGGAAAAUUUGCGGCUGAAGGAGGAAAUCAGAAGGUUGAAGUCAUUUUACGAGGAAGGUGAACGAGAUAUAAUGAAUGAACAGAUCAUGGUGUUACAAAACAAGUUAUUAGAAGCUCUCGACUGGAAACUCAUGCAUGAGUCAGAGCCCUCGACAGUUCAGGAUAGAAAUCAAGAUGUGGUGAUGGAAGGUCAAAAUGAUGAUAAUAUGCUGAUUUCCAAUCAGGAACAAGCAUCACCUUGGCAGUCUUCAAUUAAGGAGGAGAAUGAAUUUCUCCGUAUGCAGGCCAUUCACAACCAGUCAGAAAUGGACACACUCCAAAAGAAACUAGACCUCUGCCUUGAAGAGAAGGAGACUUUGGAAAGGAAUAUCAAUGAUUUGAUGACAAAACUUGAAGAAGAGAGAUCGGCAAGAGCAAUGAAAGAAAAGACACAUCAAGUUGAGCUUCCUUCAUCCUCAGCUGAUGUGCCGAUUAUGAACUUCAGUGAUCAAUUGGAACUGAAGACAAUGGUCGAUGCCAUUGGUGCUGCAAGUCAAAGAGAAGCUGAAGCUCAUGAGACUGCAAUAAUCCUGUCCAAAGAAAAUGAUGAACUGCGUAUGAAGCUUAAGGUUUUGAUUGAAGAUAACAAUAAACUCAUUGAAUUAUAUGAAGGGGCGACUUCAGAGACUAGUUACAGAAAUAUUAACAAAUCUGAGUGUGCUCAUGAUGGCACCAAACGCCACAGUAAUGGUGGUGGUUUUGUAGAACUUGCCAAAGAAAAGGAGGCUGAGAUGAAUAAAGUGGUUGAGAAUUUGGAGCAUCAACUUGCGGAUUUGCAUGAAGAAAACGAGAAACUAAUGGGUUUGUAUGAAAGAGCCAUGCAAGAGAGGGAUGAACUCAAAAGGGUGCUUGCAUCUGGUGGACAGGAAAAAGUUACAGCUAAGGAUGUGCUUGCUUCUGAUGGAGGUGCAUCUCCUAUGUCUCUGGAGGGAAAGAAUUUUAUUGGCGAUGAUGGUCUUUCUGGUUCUGAUGGAGGACCAGUCCCAGUGGAGGAAUCUGGUUUAUGUGGAGCGAAUGUGCAAACUGGGUUCAGCCAUAUAUCUGAUGAAGUGAAAGCAGAUAUUGAAGAAAGUGGUGGCUCAAAAUCUGUGCUUGAUAUGGCCGGUCUAUGUACCGUUAACACUAAAGGGGAUUCAGGAAAUGAGUCUGAUGUUGGAAUUGCGUCUGACAUGGAACUGGACACGUCAGAUCUCACCACAGUAAAGCUUUCAGAAGAUCUCAAUUUGGCCAGAAUGAAUCUGGAAAGAGCAGAUGAGCAACUUCUAGAUUCUGCAAAAACAGUUGCCGUAUUUGGUUGCAUGGAGAAAUUAAUCUUAGAGGUUGGCAAACUCUCAAGAGAAAUUGAAGCAACGGAAGAUGAAAUUCAAGUCAAGCAGCAGCUUUUUGAAUCCUAUGAACUCCUCUCUGAAAAACUGAAAGAAAACAGCACUCUAAUUGACAAAAAGUUGUCAGCUCUCAAGUACUCCCUAUCUUGCUUUUCUUCCUCAGUUGUUUACUUUGAGCAGCGAGAGGCUCGGGCAAGAGCAAGGGUAGCAGCUUCGACAUCUUAUCUGGACCAAAAGAAUGGGGAAUUGGUCUUCCUACAAACACAAAAGGAUGAAAUAGCUGCUGAGCAGACGAAAAUGCAACAAUCUGAGGUCGAACUAAAGAAAAGUCUUGCAUGCCUCAAGUCAAAGCUGGAUGAUGAAAAUAAAAAACAAGAGAAUGAACAGGUUCUCUUUGCGAUAGAUAAUGUUGAGAAGACAGACCCCUCACAGAAAAAUUGGCAUUUGGGAGGUAAAGCUACUGAGUUACUGAAGUCCGCGGAAGAGAAAACUAAACUACAGACAGAGAUGAAACUAUGUCGAGAAAAUAUUGGAGUCACGAGAAGGGAACUUGAGGAUCUGAACAGGAAGUUUGGGAAGGUAGACAGUGAGCUGGUAGCUGUACAAGUGGAGAUGCAGAAAGCUGUGAAGUCAGUGGGAGAGAUGGAACUUGCACUCGAGAAUGCAAUGAAGGAGAAAGAAAUGCUGUUGGAAGUAAGUGAUAACGGAAAUACUGAAAUUGAAAGCCUGGUUAUUGAGUACCAGCAGCAUUUGUUUGAAUCGGAAUUGAAGGAGGCAGAGUCAAAGAUUUUAGAGGAAGACUUGCAGACUGAAUUACGAAAGUUGGAAAAGCUGCGCAAAAAAAGGGUUUUAACGGCUGAGAAGACAAUGCUGUUGUUGGACACGAGGUUUCAUCCAUGCUUGUUAUCAGAAAAGAUGGAGGAAGAGCUUCAGAGUGUUAGGAAAUAUGUUGUAGAGGCAAAGUCAUUGCUGCUAGGUGAGGCCAAUUCAACUGUCAGUUGAAACCCGAUCGAAAACUACGGUAUUUCAACAAGAAGAUGCUUUGAUUGUUACACUUGUAAUUAGGAAUCACUCCUCUUUUCUGUUUUGUAUGAGCCAACAAUAUUGUCUACUGCUUCAUUUCAACUUUUGUUGUUUUUCUUGUUAAGUCAGUCCAUCUUCCAAAUUAGAGUGUUCAAACUUCAACAGCAGGAAUGAAAAACAUCUGUUUUAUCA